GGCAGGGCAAAAGACGGGCAGAGGAACGGAUCCUCACGAUGCGGUUCCCCAUCAAAGGACGUAAUCCUCGGCGGGAAGUACAAACAAUGGCAAGCAAAUCAGAUCAGGGAACGGCUUUGCGCCAUAGAGUCAUGUGCAGAGUAUGCGACUGCUGUCUCACCUUGUAGUGCACCUUCUCAUCCGUCACUGGCAGCGGAACUUCCUUCUCAAAGACAUCGCCUACGCGAUCCAGUUUGACUGUCUUGCCCCAGUCAUCAAAUGUGCCGGUGACAAACACUUCGUUCGCAUUGUACGGCCUGGUCGCAAGCGAGAAUUCGCAUCAGUCAACGAUCAAAUCCACCCAAAGUUCUAAGCUCAUGACGCCGAAGAAAGCUAGGCUUUGUUCCAUUCGUGCUUGUCGCUUGGUACGGAAGGUGUCGGAUAGAAUAGAAUUUCCACAGGAAGGCCGUGGAGCGGAUGAUCCCCCACAAUUGGAGAUCUAGACGGUGGGAAAAUGAGAUAUGUCACUUACCAUGUAAAUGUGUAGCUCCCCAUUUUCGCGGCGGGUGGGCUUUGGAUCCCCCAAACUCAGACAAUGGGAUGUUGGUGGGAGCAGGGACCGGUCAGUAGUAGAGACUCUAGUAAGAACGGAGAGGAAACGAAAGAGCUAAUCGCUCGGGGCAGACAGGAUAAAACAAAAUUAAAAAAGAAUAGUAGAAAUGGCUUAUGGAAGAAGAGGCUGGGAACGGCGAUAAAGCUUGCUGGGAAGAUGGGGAGGGGAGAGAUGGAGCGGGGGCUGUUCGGUCGCACACAGACCGUCACCGGUCGGACUGUUUGGCAGGAAGUACUUAGAGACUCAAAAGUAGGUACGCUGUAAGAAGCCGCCACUUGGAUGUCCCUGGUGUCAAAUUUGAUCAAGGCGAAACAGCAAGGAACAACAUACACACACACGCAACGAAUUUCGCCGUGGCUUAUUCUGUGUCGAGGACUCGGUAAUGAUGAACCCAAGCAGCCUCGCGGAAUACACACGGGUUGAGUCACCGUGCCGGGGAUUCUAGACACUCCC